AUGUGGUUUCUCUUUGAAACAGUAGCAGCUUUGCUUCUGUCGGCUGUUCCACUCGGUUCGGCAGCCUGCACCGAGAAGCGCCAAAUUGUCCCUUGGUCAACAUUGACUCACGAAGAGAAACAGGCCUAUGUGAAUGCGGAUGUCUGCCUAACCAAGCUACCUUCUACGUCGGGCUUCCGCGGUGCGGUGACCCGUUGGGAUGACCUCAUGUGGCCUCAUAUCUAUCUCACCAGCGUCGUUCAUAAUUGCGGCGCCUUUUUGCCAUGGCACCGUUACUUUGUCCUCGUUCACGACCGCAUGAUUAGGGAGGAGUGCGGCUACGAUGGACCCUUUCCCUACUGGUAUGAAACAGAGGAUAUCGAUGAUAUUGCCGGUUCCGACCUUUGGAACUAUUAUGGCCACAAUGGCGUCGGCGACGACCACUGCCUGGGCGAUGGGCCAUUUGCCAAUAUCACUCUCCGGUUCACCUACAACAAUACCAUUGGAGAAUAUUGUCUGAAGCGCAACUGGAACCAAAAGGUCUUCAACCUGACCAACCAAGCUCAGAUUGACGCAUGCAUGCAAUAUCAAAACUACACGCCGGCGUGGCGGUGCUGGGGCUUUAACCCUCACGGAGCUGGCCACCAAGCCGUCGGCGGCCACAUGGCGGACCCGACUUACAGUCCCGGAGACCCAAAGGUCGAUCUACCCAACCGCCUGGAGGAGAUGGGCGGUGCCAACAUUGCCUUUACCAUUAUCAACGACCCAGACAAUGUCGAGUAUCCCUCGCCCGAGAUUCUCAGUACGCUGGGCGACAAUGGCAACUGGACCACACUCGAGCACAAUCUCUGGAUGAUGGAAAUUGGGGACUUUGCGCCAAACAUUACGAUUGCGGAUAUCAUGGAUGUUGGCGGUGAUGUCAUGUGCGCCGACUAUGUGGACCUCUAG